AUGAACAGGCAAGGCAAAUCAAGUAUUUGCUACUUCUUAGUAGCAUCCAUCCUGCAAGGGUGCAGUGCAAUACCGAAGAAGCGUGGGUGCCAGAGGGAGGACCACAGAGACGUGGCGCCCUCCACCGUCCUAGAGAAGCCAGAGUGGCAAGACUGCGGCCGCUUCCACCUCUCCGGGCCUGGCGCGCGCUCGCUUCCCGGGAGGGCGGCCAUGGCCGUGGCGGCCGCGGUCCUGGCGAGCGGGGCCCCCUUCGGCCCUGCACUCGAGCUGCUACCGGGACAGCCCGCGCCUGCCCGGGCGCGCCCGGCGUCAGUGACCUUCGAGGAUGUGGCCAUCUACUUCUCUGAGAACGAAUGGAUUGGCCUGGCCCCUGCUCAGAGGGUCCUGUACAAGGAUGUGAUGCUGGAGAAUUAUGGGGCAGUGGCUUCCCUGGCAUUUCCUUUUCCCAAACCGGCUCUGAUUUCCCAGCUGGAGCGAGGGGAAGCGCCCUGGUGCAAGGCUCCUCAGGGAGCUCUGGAUGGAGAGUGCCCACAGGGCCUCUCCUCAGAGGGUGUGUUGAAGAGUGAGAAAGAAGAUUUUAUUAAGGAGGAAAGUUUUGAGAAGGCAGAGGACCACACGGUGCUAUCAAGUGGACCCCGGUGGUGCAGCUCCCAGGAAUUCUGGUUUGGGAAAACCUGCAAGGAGAGGAAAAGCAGGUUAGGGAGGUGGCGUGACUACUCCAAUGGGAAAAGUGCAGAGAGCACUGCAGAUGAUAUUAUAGAAGUGAUUGUCAAAGAUGAGAUGCUUUCAGGAGAAGAUGGUUCAGAGAGUACUGAUGUUAAUACCCACCUUGUUAUACAUGAGAAAAUCCUCAGUGAGCAGGUGUUCUAUAUUUGUGAAGAAUGUGGCAAGUGUUUUGAGCAAAAUGAAGACUUUGACCAACAUCAGAGAAUGCAUAAUGGAGAGAAGAUCUAUGGUUGCAAGGAAUGUGGGAAGACUUUCAGUUUUAGAUCACAUUGCAUUGCACAUCAGAGAAUUCACACUGGGGUGAAACCCUAUGUGUGUCAAGAAUGUGCUAAAGCCUUUGUUUGGAAGUCAAACCUGAUUCGGCACCAGAGAAUACAUACUGGAGAGAAACCCUUUGAAUGUAAGGAAUGUGGGAAGGGCUUUAGUCAGAACACAAGCCUUACACAACAUCAGCGAAUCCAUACCGGAGAAAAACCAUAUACAUGUAAGGAAUGUGGGAAAAGCUUUACUCGGAACCCAGCCCUGCUUCGACAUCAGAGAAUCCAUACUGGGGAGAAGCCAUAUGAAUGUAAGGACUGUGGGAAAGGCUUCAUGUGGAACUCAGAUCUUGCUCAGCACCAGAGGGUCCACACAGGGGAGAAGCCCCAUGAAUGUACUGACUGUGGGAAAAGCUUCAUUUGCAAGGCACACCUUAUCCGACAUCAGAGAAUCCAUACUGGGGAAAGACCCUAUAAAUGUAAUGACUGUGGGAAGGCCUUCAGUCAGAAUUCUGUUUUGAUUAAGCACCAGAGGCGCCAUGCUAGAGAGAAACCCUGUAAUUAUCAGACCUCUCUCCUUCUUGAACAUUAG